AUGGCGGCGACGGGGAAGAGCAGCGUGCUGGUGAUCGGGGGCACGGGGUACAUCGGAAAGUUCAUUGUCCUGGCCAGCGCCAAGGCGGGGAAUCCGACCUUCCUCCUCAUCCGUAAGAGCUCCGCCGAGUCGGCCGGCCCCGAGAGGGCGGCGCUCCUCCAGAACUUCAAGGACGCCGGCGUCACCUUCCUCUAUGUAAGGACCUCUCCCUCCCCUGAUCUAUUUCCCCCCUGGGAGGAGAGACAUCUGAAGGUUAUGGCUGCCGCAGGGCGAUCUGCUCGACCACGAGAGCCUGGUGAGCGCGUUCAAGCAGGUGGACGUCGUCAUCUCCGCAGUGGGAACUCCCCAGCUGCCGGAGCAGACUAGGAUCGUCGCCGCCAUCAAGGAGGCCGGCAAUGUCAAGGUAAGAAGAUGAACGAUAAUAAAAGAGCUCCUCCCCUCGCCGGAUCCGCUGAUCGAUCGAUCUGUUUGGUCCAUCUGCAGCGGUUCUUCCCGUCGGAGUUCGGUAACGACGUCGACCGCGUCCAUGCCGAGGAGCCCGCGAAGUCGGCGUUCCAGGCCAAGAUCGAUAUCCGACGCUUGGUGGAAUCAGAGGGCAUCCCCCACACCAUCGUCUCCUCCAACUUCUUCGGCGCCUAUUUCCUCCCCUCCCUCACCCAGCCCGACUUCCCCAGUUCGCCGCCGCGCGACAAGGUCAUCAUCCUCGGCGACGGUAACCCCAAAGGUACGCCACCGCCGUCCGUCUCUGGGACGAUCGACGAGCGCCGGCCGAUGACUGUGCCCCCUCCAUCCCGCAGCCAUCUUCGUGCUCGAGGAGGACAUCGCGACGUACACGAUCAGGGCGGUGGACGACCCGCGCACGCUGAACAAGAUCCUGUACCUGCGCCCGCCGGCGAACAUCCUCUCCUUCAACGAGCUGGUCACCCUCUGGGAGGGGAAGAUCGGGAAGACACUGGAGAAGACCUUCGUCCCCGAAGAGGAGAUCCUCAAGAAUAUCAAAGGUGAACCCUCCGCCGCUCCUCUCCGCCUGUGACGACGGUGUUCCUGAUGGCCUUUUUCCAUCGCGGGUUCUUUCUUGCAGAGUUGCCGUUCCCGGCGAACCUCGUGCUGGCGAUCACACACAGCGUGUUCGUGAGGGGAGACCAUACCAACUUCGACAUCGAACCGUCGUUUGGCGUGGAGGCCUCGGAGCUCUACCCCGACGUCAAAUACACCACCGUCAGCGACUUCCUCAACCGCUUCGUCUGA